AUGGCAAGAGGGGAGAAGGGGAGAGUACCGUGCUCACUGCAGGAUCGGGGUAAUCACGUGCGGUGGAGGGCCGCCUGGGCAACUAGUGCCCAACACAAACAUUGCUGGAAGAAACGGAAGCGAUGGGAUGGAGUUAGGCUGAAAGCACUAGUAGCCUCAGCGACACAACUAAAAUGCCAAAUGAAUUCAGUGAGUGCGCCACACCGUAAAGGUAAUAACACCGCAACGGUAAAGGUACCUUUUGUAUGA